AAUUGAAGCAUAUCACAUGAUUUGAAGAUGGGAGUGUUUGCAUCUUCAUCUACGACCACGAUUUGGAUAACCAUAUUGUUGCUUCUUCUAUUUAUUCUUCAAUUUCCAUCCACAAUCAUUGCUAUCAGGAAGGAUAUUGGCUUUCAAACCUUUCCUUUCUGCAAAACCACCGUUCAAGGAAUAUACUUUCUCUCAGAUGACAAUGGUUAUGUAUGUAGUGCCCUGUCUGUUAAUUCACGCUCUAGAUGCUGCCCUCGAACUGGGGAAAAAUUCUCUUGUCAUGGGUGCAAUCUUCUUUCACAGUGUUGCAAUUCUUAUGAAUAUUGUGUUUCCUGCUGCCUCAAUCCUGUACUGACGAGUAAGGAACAAGUGUUGAAGAUGAAGGUUGCCAAACCUGCUACUGCAAGGACUUAUGCAAGUGUUUUUGACUACUGUGCUGGGAGAUGUCGUCAUAGUUCUGAGAGUGUGGUCCAUGAAAAUGCUUAUAUUAGUGACUUCCACCACUGCUUUUCUUUGCCAUCAAAUUCUUCUAGGAAAAAUAGUACGCUCGCAGAAGCAAGACUGAAUGGCAUCAAUGUUGUUGUUGGGAGGCAAGGUGAAUCAUGUAAUACAGUUUGCAAAUUACGAGGACAAUCAUGUGUACCAAAUAAACUUGUCGUGCUUAAUCAUUGUGACGUUAUUCAGAAAUAUAUGAGCUGCAAGGGAUCUUGCUUGGCAAGUGUUGGAGCAGAUCAACCUGCUGAAGUUGUUUAUGAUGCCCCCAAGCAUCUGAGUCCAGGAUCAUGUUUAUACACUGAAUCAGAAUCUGUACUUUCUUGUGAUGGUUCACAUCAGCACACAAGGAGACUGUGCCCCUGUGCGUAGUGUUAGCCUGUUUGCUAUAGAAAAGACGGAGCUUUCUUCAGAACUAAAGUCAAGUAUGGCGCGUUCUCUUUUAUAAUGCUGAGUUUGGUGGCUAAUUUCUCGAGGAAAGUAUCUAACUUACGUGUCAUGAUAUGAACUUUACAUUUUUGUUACAAUUAUAGCUGACAUAUGCUGAGUUGGGUGGCUAGUUUUCUUGGAUUGGUGUCAAAGGAGGUAACUGUUGAUUUGAUAUCACAGUCGAAGGAGGCAACUCGUGUAAAUCCUCAACGCUUGGAAAUUGUAUUUUUCAUCCAUUU